GUAACAUUUUUGCUGGGAGAGAAGACUACGAAGCACAUUUUCCAGGAAGUGUGGGCUGCAACGAUUGUGUGCUCUUAACUAAUCCUGAGUAAGGUGGCCACUUUGACAGUCUUCUCAUGCUGCCUCUGCCACCUUCUCUGCCAGAAGAUACCAUUUCAACUUUAACACAGCAUGAUCGAAACAUACAACCAACCUUCUCCCCGAUCUGCGGCCACUGGACUGCCCGUCAGAAUGAAAAUUUUUAUGUAUUUACUUACUAUUUUUCUUAUCACCCAGAUGAUUGGGUCAGCACUUUUUGCUGUGUAUCUUCAUAGAAGGUUGGACAAGAUAGAAGAUGAAAGGAAUCUUCAUGAAGAUUUUGUAUUCAUGAAAACGAUACAGAGAUGCAACACAGGAGAAAGAUCCUUAUCCUUACUGAACUGUGAGGAGAUUAAAAGCCAGUUUGAAGGCUUUGUGAAGGAUAUAAUGCUAAACAAAGAGGAGAAGAAGAAAGAAAACAGCUUUGAAAUGCAAAAAGGUGAUCAGAAUCCUCAAAUUGCGGCACAUGUCAUAAGUGAGGCCAGUAGUAAAACAACAUCUGUACUACAGUGGGCUGAAAAAGGAUACUACACCAUGAGCAACAACUUGGUAACCCUGGAAAAUGGGAAACAGCUGACCGUUAAAAGACAAGGACUUUAUUAUAUCUAUGCCCAAGUCACCUUCUGUUCCAAUCGGGAAGCUUCGAGUCAAGCUCCAUUUAUAGCCAGCCUCUGCCUAAAGUCCCCUGGUAGAUUCGAGAGAAUCUUACUCAGAGCUGCAAAUACCCACAGUUCCACCAAACCUUGCGGGCAACAAUCCAUUCACUUGGGAGGAGUAUUUGAAUUGCAACCAGGUGCUUCGGUGUUUGUCAAUGUGACUGAUCCAAGCCAAGUGAGCCACGGCACUGGCUUCACGUCCUUUGGCUUACUCAAACUCUGAACAGUAUCACCUUGCAGGCUGUGGUGGAGCUGACGCUGGCAGUCUUCAUAAUACAGCACAGCAGUUAAGCCCACCCCCUGUUAACUGCCUAUUUAUAACCCUAGGAUCCUCCUUAUGGAGAGCUAUUUAUUAUACACUCCAAGGCAUGUAGAACUGUAAUAAGUGAAUUACAGGUCACAUGAAACCAAAACGGGCCCUGCUCCGUAAGAGCUUAUAUAUCUGAAGCAGCAACCCCACUGAUGCAGACAUCCAGAGAGUCCUAUGAAAAGACAAGGCCAUUAUGCACAGGUUGAAUUCUGAGUAAACAGCAGAUAAUUUGCCAAGUUCAGUUUUGUUUCUUUGCGUGCAGUGUCUUUCCAUGGAUAAUGCAUUUGAUUUAUCAGUGAAGAUGCAGAAGGGAAAUGGGUAGCCUCAGCUCACAUUCAGUUAUGGUUGACUCUGGGUUCCUGUGGCCUUGCUGGAGGGGGCCAAACUUUAGAACGUCUAACACAGCGGAGAACCGAAAAACCCCACCCUGCCACCCACUCGGACAGUUAUUCAUUCUCUUUCCAUCUCUCUCUCUCCAUCUCUCUCUUUCAGUCUCUCUCUCUCUCUCUCUCUCUCUCUCAACCUCUUUCUUCCAAUCUCUCUUUCUCAAUCUCUCUGUCUCCCUCUGUUAGUCUUUUCUCUCCCCCAGUCUCUCUUCUCAAUCCCUCUUUCUAACACACACACACACACACAGUCAGGCCGUUGCUAGUCAGUUCUCUUCUUUCCACCCUGUCCCUAUCUCUACCACUAUAGAUGGGGGUGAGGAGUAGGGAGUACAGCCCUGAGCCUGCCCACUCCUCAUCACGAAAUGACUGUAUUUAAAGGAAAUCUAUUGUAUCUACCUGCAGUCUCCAUUGUUUCCAGAGUGAACUUGUAAUUAUCUUGUUAUUUAUUUUUUGAAUAAUAAAGACCUCUUAACAUUA